ACCUGUCCGUCUGGUUUGACGAGAAAGGGGACAACAUUUACGUAAAUGCUUCCUGGUUCUCGUGGGGUGCAGAGGGCCUGCGUUUAUGGGUGUUUACAGAGUUCGAGCAAUACGAUCAUUUCAGAAGAAACGAAAACGAGCAAACCAUUUAGAGGCGGGGGGUUUACUCAAAAUUGUAACGAGUAAAACGAUGAAUAUGAUGUACUGGUAGGUGUCGGGUCUGUUUCAUAGUCGAGUCUAAGUUGGUUAUCAGCUUCACAGAGCCGGUCAUGCUGAUUCUGAGUCGGGCCCUCGAGUUUGCCAUCAGCGCAAUGUGCUUCCACCGCAUGUGCGCGGUGACUCUCGAUGCAAUUCUUGAUUCUUACGACUGCUCCAAGCAGGAUGUCAACUGCACGAUACAAACUCUUCCACCAAGGGAUGACGGUUCUGUCUUGUGGACUCCUGGUCGACCAUGGCUAGUGGUCCUUGAGUGGUCCUUGAGUCGUCAAGGGACAAACACAAGCUUGGAUGCCUACCCCACCGUGCUGACUCCUGUCCUGAACAUCACUUGGUGGCUACCUUAUGAUGACAGCAUUGUUGCGCUCCAGGGAACCGAAGUUUGUGUGACAACCGGAAAUGAAAAUGUAACCAGAUGUGUUUGGUUUGUUUAUUCCAGCACACCUACAAGGUUGGAGAGUUUUUCAUUUCACGGGUUUGCAGUGGAACCAUACAAACGUUACCGCGUAGACGUUUGCAACUUUCCCAAACCCGUUCCACUGGAGCCAGAAACCAUUGUUCGGAGCUACUUCACCUUGCCAGGCUGUGAGGAUAAUGUGAUGAAAACUUCAACCCAGUGUAUUCUGAACGGGAGUAUGUGGUCACCAAAUAUAAGCAUCCACCUGAAUGACAGUGGGGCAUCAGUCGAAUUCUCAGCAGUGAACCUAUCGAGGAGGUAUCACGUCACGCUGGAGAGCUGCGGACAAAUCCACAAGGCGUCCGUGAUCGGGGGGAUCGGAAAAUAUCGACAGGUGACCUUUCCCGGUGUUACACCGACACCAAGCUGUCGCACAUUUGAAGCCAAGAUAAAACCUUACUUUGACAUGUGCAAAGACGACUGCACAGAAAGAACAAUGUUGCUGACUCUUACAGAUCAAAACUCCGCAACGCCGCCUCCUCCCACAAAUAAUAUCUUUGCAAAAGUAGUCAUUGCUGUUACAUUAUGUCUUGUUAUGACACUUGCCAUGGGUGUGAUUGUCUACUGCAAACGAGAUGCCAUAAGAAAUGGAUUUUGCAGAACGGCCACAACAGUGGAAGAAGAGAAAACUGAGAUCCCUGUUGCACAACUGCCGCCAAAGCUGCAGCCCAGAAAAGUGUUCAUCGUCUACUCGAACGACCACAAAUUGUUCAGAGACAUUGUCCUGCACUUCGCAGCGUUCCUGCAGAGCAAGUGCGGCAUGGCGGUAUCGCUGGACCUGUGGGAAGAGCAAAAGGUAGCCAAGACAGGCAGGAUGCAGUGGCUGAUGCAGCAGUUGGAUCAAAGCAAGGACUCAACGGCCAAAGUCAUUGUGCUGUUCUCUCGGGGGUCGCAGAUGAAGUGGAGAGCGCUGUGCGACUCCACACAAGUGGAAUUUCGGGAAGAUCUCAAAUCCCUUGUCGGAGACAUGUACAGCCCCGCCCUCAGCCUCAUCUGCGAUGGAAUUCUGCGGCCGGCCACGUUCGAAAAGUAUAUCGUGGCGUACUUUGAGGACGUAAGCAGCGAGAGGGAUAUCCCCAGUUUCUUCAACAUGACGCUCAAGUAUAAGCUCAUGAAACAUUUCAAGGAACUUUUCUUCAGGAUCCAGGACAAGGAGCAGUACGAGCCAGGAAUCACGUACGGAACGCACGGAAUCUCUGCAGAAGACUAUUUUGAAGAGCCGUGCGGGAGACGCCUGCUCGAGGCCAUACAAGCAUUCAAACUAUUUCAGAAGUCAAACCCAGACUGGUUUGAGAACAACGAACGUGACAAAGAACUGGAUAAGGCCACAUGGGAAGGAAACAAUAUGUAUUUGAGUGCAGCAGGCAUGAAGCAGAACAUUCCUCUUUUUGAACCAAAUGACGGAUGCGAUUUCGUUAUCCGUAACAGUCCAAAUUUAAGUAACGACUCCACUGACAUGCUGAAGGCUAGCCUUACACAGUUUUCACAUGACUCGGGAGUAUCUGGGAUAGAGAAUACAUACCCCAAUGAACAGCUGCCAUUGCUGUCCGUUUCUCCAGCCGAAAACGAUAUCCCUGAAUAUGCAGCGCGCGUGCAUUAUUCUAAUCAAGUUAACGCUAUCGCACCGCACACAAGUCAGGACCUGUUGAUCAACCCUGAUGAUCUCGGUGCCAAUGGUAGUGACCAGCAGUUUGGGGAAAUUUCAUCUAAUGCCCUCUUUCUUUUGGAAGGUUUUCAGAGAAGUCUUGUCAAUGAAAACAGUAACUCUGAUCUGGGCGAGUGUUUGGAAAGGCCUGGUUUGUGUGAACCACAGCGUCACAUAAUCCCCGCAUUGCAAACCAACGAUGGGCCGAUGUACAAUUCAUUUGACGGAGGCAAUGAUGUACACAUUGACUUUUCCGUACCAUCUUACGAAUGUCCCGGAGAAUUAUGCAGUGACCCAUAUAAUGCAGAGUCGAAAAUGAUGAAAGAACUGAUUCAGCUGCAGCAGCAAGUGCUGCAAAACAGCAUUGCCAAUAUAUAACGAACUCCCAAAACUACGUGUCCACACUAGUUUAUCCACCGGAUUAACAACUGUACCUUCGUGAGCACACAGUGAAUGUCUACCUUCUUUCAUCUGUAUGCAUGUAUGUUGACGUUCUUUUGCAUCAUGCGUAGCCCACGUGCUGAUCGGAGGUACUGGGGAAGGACAACAAAUUAUACACAAAAAGCAGUUCUAAAGAAAUUCGUUUUCAAUCGAGAUUUAAAAGUCCAUAGCUCCAGUGGCUUCCUCAUAUCAGAAGGAAGAGCAUUCCGGCCGGCCGCAGAAACGCAUCUGAAAGCGCGCAAUGCAGUGACUGUCUUUUUCCCUUGAAAUAAGAGUGCCACGGUAGUAUAUGGGAGGUCGUGGGUUUGAUCUCGACCAUGACGCCUGUAUAUUUGAAUUUUGCAUGUUCUCCCCGUGGUCACGUGUAUUUUUCUCCAGGUCCUCCGGUUUUUCCAUCCACAUUUAGAAACAUUCGUUUAAAGUAUUGGCUGCUAUAAAUUUCCACAUGAUCUGCCUCUUUCUUGAGCUAUCAGUGGGGCUUUCCUGGUAAAAUGUAAAUAGUUUAGUUGAGUUCAAUGGCUAGCCAAAAGCCACUGUGAGGAUGACCGGAGUUUUCGUGAUGGGAUGACCGGAGUGUGUGCGAUGGCAUUAAUUGUGUCAUAGGCAGUGGUGGCCACUCGUUAUUCGGAGACGGUGGAGCCAGUCCUUACUGGUGGUUCCAGGCCUUACUCGUGCUGCCAGGCCUUACUGGUGAUACCAGGUAUUACUGGUGAUACCAGGCCUUACUGGUGGUGCCAGGCAUAAGCAAAGAAAAUAAAUUCAUAGGGCCUAAAGCAGCCCAUGGGCCCCCAGAUUAGAAUUUAUAACAAUAUUAGUCGUUUACAUUUAUCUGGCACUUAAUUUCCUCAGAAACUCACAGUGCCUUGCAUCACAUCUCAUCUCAAACAUUUUAAGGGCACCCCCAGUGGCAGCUGUCCCUGUGCGGCAGAGAGUGAUUCAGCACGGGCCUGCGAGUGGGCAUUAGUAUGCCAGUAGAGGGCGAUGACUGCUAUGUGUAAUCCCAAUUGAGCAAUUUGGACUAAAACUAUAUAUGUAGUGGUGAACCAAAUGUGAGCUUGAAUUCAAAUCCGAGAAAACAGCGAGCGAAUGAAUGUAAACGGCUAUUAAAAUAUCUCUCUCCUCUAGUCUGUAGCUCAUCUCCCGUCUAACUACAUCUUUGUUUCUGUCUACAUUUGUCUUCGUCUCACUGCAUCUCUACCUCUUGUCUAUAUCUAUUCUAUCAUCUCACGAGCAGCGUAUGUAUCAAAAGGACCACUGCAACUCACCCCCCCCCCCCUCCCCAAAUUAUCAUUUAUUUUUUCGGGUGCUCAAUGGGCAAGCACCACUCGUGUAAUAUGCUACUUUAUUGUCUCUAAGUUGGUGUGUGGUAUUUAAUAUUUAUGUGCAUGUGAAAGGUUUUACACUUGUUGCUGCUAGCCAAUAAUAUUGAUCUACAUUGUUGUGAUAGUUGGCAAUACAAUGGAAUAUUGCGGACUGCUCUAUUUGAACGCAUCACGAAUGCAUGUCGCUACGUUUUCCAGUUUAAAAGAAAUACAGGACUGAAUAAAUUGGCAAUAACAUUUGAAUAACAUAUACGUCCGGGUACGCGUGACUUCGCAAGCAAAUGUGUGAUCAGUAGGCUACUUAUUACAAAUACAUGUGUAGCGUCGGUGUCGGGCAUUGUAGAUAGCAUUAAGCACACUUACCUAUAGUAGCAAACAUGUGUCCAUAGGGGGCGGUAAACCGGGAUAGGCAGGAUGAGCCGGGCCGCUGGGACACUCAGCUCUCCCAACCCCAAGAGAGGGGUUGGGGGAGAUAUUCCAGACCACCCUAGAGAGUUCCAGAAGGGAGGCGUGGCCAGGGCCACGGGUAUAAAAGCCGGACCUCUGGACGAGUCUGGCAGUCUUCUUCAAGCUGAAUAAAGAAGACCUGCUAGGCUAGGACCAUGGGAACCCCCGGGACCCGCCGUCCUUCUAAGGGCCGGGACCGAGUGGGCCAGUGGUCGGGACCCGAGGACAUUGUCUGGGUCGAGUCAGAUAGCCUCCCCCUAGGUUCCCUUAGCCAGAGGAACGUGAGUGUAGUCCCAGUGAUUAGGACACGCUAGCACAGAGGCUAUACCUCCUUGGGUAUCGGGUGGAGGGGCCGCUAUUCCUCUGUUAGGGACCCGUGUAUCCCGCAGUUGUAUUGAAUAAACGUGUUGCCUCAAGU